AUGGAGCACUACCGGAAAGCUGGCUCUGUGGAGCUUCCAGCACCUUCCCCCAUACCCCAGCUACCUCCUAAUACACUGGAGAUGCGGGUCCAGGAUGGCAGCAAAAUCCGCAACCUGCUGGAGCUGGCAUUGGGUCAGUUGGAACGAGGCAAUACACGCCAUGUGGUAUUCUCAGGUUCUGGCCGGGCAACAGGGAAGGCUGUCAGCUGCGCUGAAAUUGUCAAGCGGCGGGUACCAGGCCUGCAUCAGCUCACCAAGCUGCGCUUCUUAGAGACUGAGGACAGCUGGGUCCCAGUCUCACCUGACACAGGCCUAGACCCCCUCACAGUGCGCCGCCAUGUGCCUGCAGUGUGGGUACUGCUCAGCCGGGAACCCUUGGAUCCCAAUGACUGUGGGUACCAGCCCCCAGGAGCACCCCCUGGCCUGGGCUCCACUCCCCGCUCUAACUACGGCCCCCGACCCAGAAGAAGGGCUCGAGACACACGGCCCUGA